UCAUGUGACCAUCCUCCAACUGGAGUUUCCACGACAGCUGGGAGCCGUGCGAUACCUCCUCGCGUAUUGCUUUCUUAAAGAAUACGUAGGGACUGUCCUUAUUUCAACAUCCGCAAACAAACUUUUGGCGGCAUGGGAGACAAGAAGAGUCCAACCAGGCCGAAGCGUCAACCAAAGCCUUCGGCGGAAGAGGGAAAUUGGGACUGUAGCGUUUGCACAUACAAGAACACCGCGGAGGCUUUCAAGUGCAUGAUGUGCGAUGUAAGGAAAGGGACGUCAACACGGAAGCCUCGUCCUGUCUCCCAGCUGGUUGCUCAGCGGGUAGCGCCGCAGUUCGCCUCGCCCACGCUGCUGCCCAAGAAGGACAAGAAGGACAGAACGGACCAGGAGAAGAAUGACAAAGAGCCCACAGUGAAGAAGAACAACCACAAGAAGAUGAGGCCCAGGUUAAAAAACAUUGACAGGAGCAGCGCUCAGCACCUAGAGGUCACGGUUGGAGACCUGACUGUCAUCAUCACAGACUUUAAGGAGAAAACCAAACCUCCCCCCUCCUCCUCCACCACCACCACACCCCCCACCUCUACCACCCCCUCCAGCACUGUGUCUGUGUCUGCAGAACACCACAGUGGCUCCAGCUCAGACAACAACACUGAGAGAGGGGUCUCACGGUCAUCUUCACCCCGGGGAGAGGGCUUCUUAGUCGGGACAGAGUCCCACUAGACCACCCCAAUUGGAACCCCAGCCCCCCUCCCCAAGUUGGAGGCCCUGGACCACCAAACUCCUAGCCCAACAGACCCUCAGACCUCUAACCCCUAGACCUUGGCCUGGAUCCCCAACCCCUAGACCUUGGCCUGGAUCCCCAACCCCUAGACCUUGGCCUGGAUCCCCAACCCCUAGACCUUGGCCUGGAUCCCAGACACCGAGACCUUGGCCUGGAUCCCCAACCCCUAGACCCUGGCCUGGACCCCCAACCCCUAGACCCUGGCCUGGACCCCCAACCCCUAGACCUUGGCCUGGAUCCCCGACACCGAGACCUUGGCCUGGAUCCCCAACCCCUAGACCUUGGCCUGGACCCCCAACCCCUAGACCUUGGCCUGGAUCCCCGACACUGAGACCUUGGCCUGGAUCCCCAACCCCUAGACCUUGGCCUGGACCCCCAACCCCUAGACCUUGGCCUGGAUCCCCGACCCCUAGACCUUGGCUAUGACUACUCAUGGCUUAACAUAGGCCACUCUAACCUCACUCCUCUGUCCUCAACUCUGAUAUGUAAUGUUAUCUCUGGACUUGCACAUUUACUGUAGUACUAGCUACAGGUUACAGCUAGAUCAACACAUUUAGGAGCUACAGGUUACAGCUAGAUCAACACAUUUAGCAGCUACAGGUUACAGCUAGAUCAACACAUUUAGCAGCUACAGGCUACAGCUAGAUCAACACAUUUAGGAGCUACAGGUUACAGCUAGAUCAACACAUUUAGCAGCUACAGGCUACAGUUAGAUCAACACAUUUAGCAGCUACAGGUUACAGCUAGAUCAACACAUUUAGCAGCUACAGGCUCCAGCUGGAUCAACACAUUUAGCAGCUACAGGCUACAGCUGGAUCAACACAUUUAGCAGCUACAGGUUACAGCUGGAUCAACACAUUUAGCAGCUACAGGCUACAGCUGGAUCAACACAUUUAGCAGCUACAGUUUAUAGCUAGCACUACUACUACCAACCUUGAGUUGUGGUUUGCUUUUGGACAAAAAAAACCACCACAAUCUGAAGUCUUGUUUUAAUGAAAUUUCUCUGAUUAACUUUAGGCCAAUUUAACUGACUUUUAAAAAGUAUUUUUUGAAACCUGUGUUCUAAACAUGAAGUAAUGUCAUUACAUUUAGCUUAUCUUAGCCCAUUGUACAGCUCUGUUUUAAUGUGUUAUAACAUCACGUCAGUGUUCGUAUCCAUGUCAACAUCGGAACUUCCAACCUCCUGUCCAAUGACAACUGUCGUGACAUGAUGAUUAUGGUUCAGAGUUCUUCAGUUUGUGUUGCAUUAUGGGAGAAAACACGAGGGACAUGUGGAGAGGAUGGAAAACCUAUGGGCUCUCUUUUGGUACUUGUCUCUCAGUUGUAAAGUGUCAUUUAUUGAUUGAAUGUGUUGGAGACUGAAUUGUAUUGUCAUUGACUCACAUCAGCCGGGACCUGGUGUGGUUUUAUCAUUCAUGAGAAAAUGUUCUUCAAAACAGCGUCUGUUUUUGAAUUGUGUCCGUUUUAACACCACCUCAAAUGGUUGAUCAUAACCGUGUCACAACAUUCACUGUUACAUUUUCUAUCCUUUGUUUUGUUUCUACCAAGCUUUGCUGUUUAGAAAUGUAUGGACGACUUGGUUGAUUACAUGGUUCAAUGUCUAUAAAGAAAGAUAUAAAUAAUGGCAUUAUGUAUU